AUGGCCGACACCGGAAUAUAUGAAGAGGACUAUGAUUCCGACUCCUCCGCCCUUGGGGUUGACUCGGACGUCGAGUCGAAUUUCGCUGAUUCGCCAGCAGACGGCUAUUUUUCAGAAAGACCGCAUCCAAGGGAGACAUUCGUAGAGAACUCUUCAAUAUCAGCCGCUGCGGACGCAAAGGCAAGGGAAAGGGCGGAAGAACGAUUGAGCUUGCCAAGCUCUCCGACAAGAUCAGUAGAAUGGGCUGAAGCAGAAACACCAUCUGCAAACCAAGAAGAUGCGCCUCCAGACUAUGAAUCCGCAAUUUCCAGUCGUCCGUCAACGCAGAGCCACCAGCCGUUUGGUCAAAGUCAACAACCCAAUUCACAAAGGCAAACCAGUGUCGAUCCGACAAAUCUGCAUGGGAACUCGCAAUUGGGACGACCUCCAGAACAACCUUUGUCAAGCACUGCAGCGGAUCAGCCACUAUUCGCAGCAACCAGCGUGCCUGUGAGCGCACAGAUCGUAACUUUGGGACGCUCCGCAGGCCCUGAGCAUUUCUCAGAUCAUGGCCCACAAAGCAUGAGAGACGCUGAUGUGCCACCCUUGGAUGAGGAGAGUGGCCUGCUCACCGGACUCAAAAGCAAAAAGAAGCAGAGAAGAUGGCGCUUGGGUUGUUGCAAGUCCAUGUCAAUAUGCAACAUCAUCCUUUUUGUGGCGAUUGUCAUCCUGGUCAUCAUAAUCAUGGGCGCCGCUGACGAUAGGAGUGAAUCAGGCAAGCCUGACAAUCCACACGAAGGCAACGGCGGCGAGGAUAAAUCACCCAAGAACCCAGUCAUCCCACCAAAAGAUCCGGCAACCAUGCCAUCGCCCCCAUCGACGCGGCAGUGUCCAUACGGCGAAUACAGCGAGAUGAAAACGUACGACUUUGAAAACCCACAGAACUUCUCAUUCGUUGAGCUCAUAGAAAGCUCGACUUGGGUAUCGAACAACAUCCAUGGCAAGAUUACCGUACAACCAGCGCAAGAGGAGCAAGGGGUUGACAUUCGACUGUGGGUGAACUAUGCCACAACCAGUCCUUGGAAGGUUGUGGAUUCGGACUAUGUCAAGACAGAAGACUCUUUCGUCUUACAGCUACCGAUCAUGGAGAAGGCAGAAGGUGGCGACUCCAGGAAGCCUUGCCUGUGGGUGAACGUCAGGGUUGACGUUCGCCCAGGAGUUGUGCUGGAUGCUUGGGAACUGUCGACGGGAAACCUGGAAAUCCAGGUUGAAGACGGUCUUUUCAAUCGAAAGGACGGCGAAGAAGAACUCGCGGCUUUGCAAGUGACAGGACCGUCGAUCUUCAACGCUAUUCGAGGCGCUGUGCACGUCGACUACUGGUCUUCUCGAGAGACUGAAAUCUCGACGAUCUCUGGCUCGAUUAAGGGCACCUUCGCGCUGCUAGACCUCCUGUCCGUCCAGUCACAGUCGGGAUCCAUCAAUAUAAAUGUCGACCCGAGGAAGGCAGACGAGAAGAACCCGCGACCAGCUGAAUUCAUCGCAAAGUCCAAUUCCGGGACUGUCAAGGCCUAUUUCCCUCAGAAGGGCAACAUCCCCGAGAGACAGUAUUCCAGUCGUGUCGAGACGACGUCUGCUUCUAUCUCCGGCGAAUUCAUCCUGGGUGAACUGACCUCUAUCCACUCAACCUCCGGCACAAUCAACGCCCAACUCCUUCCCUUCUUCGACCGCAAACAGCGCUCGACCAUGCACACCGACACCCGUUCCGGAUCCACUCAUCUCCGGGUCCUGCAGCCUUACUAUCCUGGCGAGGGUUGGACCGAGAACCACACCACGCACAAAUCCACAUCGACGAGCGGCUCGAUCGAUAUUCUCUACCCCGACGAGUGGUCGGGCAUGAUCGACGAGCAGAGCACGAGUGGUAGUCUGAGUGUGAAGGGCAAGGGGGUGCGGGUUAUCUCGGAUGGAGGAUAUUCGCCUGUCGAGAGACAUCUCAUAGCACAGAAGGGGUAUGGUGGUGGGGAAAUUGGGGUUAAGACUACGAGUGGGAGUGUCAAGGUGAGGUUUGGUGAUGAGUGA